AUGGGGGAAGCUCCCCCCGUUUGGAACGGCUUGCCAAAGCCACCCGACAAUCGGCUUCUACGCACUGUUCCCACAUGGAUGGACCCCCGUGGAGAAUUUGGAGACAUCCAAUUCCUCCGACUUCGACCUUCCGGAAAAACCAAGUUGCCCAAAAACCCCUUUCUAAUUUCCACAACGGUGGAAAAACUCGUAGGAAAAAUUGAUGGAGGUAACCCAGUUGAUGGCGGUGAGAAUUAUCUCCUCCGUGUCCGCAACCCUGCCCAAGUUAAUGCCCUACUCAAGUUGGACAAGCUGAUCGACGGCACACCAAUCAACAUCGAGUAUCAUCCCACCCUAAACCUUGUUCAAUGCGUUGUUUCUUGCGACCAUGUCGAAGGAAUGAAGGAUGAAGACCUUCAAGCCUUCCUCGCCGACCAAGGCGUCGUCAAGGUUUAUCGGUUCCUCAAGAAGUCUGGCGAGCGUACCAUCCCAACCAACUCAAUGGUGUUAACCAUUAAAGGCACCGUACGCCCUCGCCACAUCUUUUUUGGAUUCAUCCGCACCGAAACACGACCGUACUACCCUCGCCCAUUGAUGUGCUAUCUAUGUGGCAAGUACGGCCACACCAAAAAACGUUGCAGCUCCUCCCCAAUCUGCCUUGAAUGCGGUGGGCCCGGCCCCCACGAAGACUGCUCAAAUCCAUCCCACUGUAUCAAUUGCGGUGGCGAUCACUCAGCCAUCAGUCGACAAUGCCCCAUCCACCAACAGGAGCAAACCAUCGUCCGGCUCAAGGUGGAUCGCGGCAUUUCUCAAUCCGAAGCAACCAGAAUUUUCCGGAACCAUUUGGCCAACCAGGAGGAAGUAGUUCGACGGUCCCAGGCCAUCACAACCGAAGCUGAAAAAGACAAGAAAAUCCAAGAACUCGAAGGUCUUGUCUCUCAGCUGAUGAAGGAGCUCGCCAACUACAAACAAUCCGGCGAAGAAUCCACUCUUGUCGACAACUCUACCGCCACCCAGGAAACUGAUGACUCGGAACCCGACACUGCCCGUCAGACGAUGACACCCCGUCCUCCAAACUUCACCUCUACCCCGAAACGGAAUCGCCAGGAUAGUUCUCUCGAAAGCCCCCCUACGGCAACAAUAACCCUGACCAAGAAGAAAAAGCCAAUAGCCCAAGGUUACACCUUACAUACAACAACGGAUCCUAGAUCCCGUCAAGGAGCGGGGCUAGCCAUCAAAAAUAACAUCCCCUACAAUAUGAUUAGUGUCACAUCUAACUUGCACGUUGUAUGUGCUAGAUUGAAUUUCACGUUCGACAUGACUGUCGUGUCUCUGUAUAUCCACCCCCAAAUGCCCUUCUCUGAAUUUGCUGAGGAACUUGACAAUCUCCUCCCCCAACUACCCCAACCUCUCAUCAUUAUGACAGACCCCAAUGCCCACUCUACCUCUUGGGGAAAUACUCACACAUCUAAGAAAGGCUUAUAUCUGGAGAAUUUAGCUGCCAUUCACAACCUCGCCUUUCUAAAUAAUUCCCAACCAACUCGUCUUAACCCAAUCACUGGAGCUAUGACCACCCUGGACCUCACCCUCGUCUCUUGGGAGCUUGGACCUAAGUUCCACUGGUUCGUCCUCGACGAUACCCACGGAAGUGAUCAUUUCCCCAUAAUCAUCAAAAUCCAACACCCCUCCCCACAAGUUGCAACUAGACCGAAAUGGAAGUACAAAGAAGCCAACUGGCUUGAAUAUCAACUGGAAAUAGACAAUCAACUUUCCAUACACCAACCAAACUGCAUUCCAUCCUUUUCCAAAAUAUUGAUCGAAUCUGCCGAGAAGCACAUCCCCCGAACCAGUGGUAUACCCGGCAGAAAUGCCGUCCCAUGGUGGGGUCCAGAGGUCAGAGAUGCCAUUAAACUACGUCGCAAAAAACUCCGUGCUCUGAAACGUCUUCCCCCUGAUCACCCUAGUAAAACAAUAGCCCUCGAUGAAUACAAAUCUGCCAACUCCCUAGCCAAACGAGAAGUAAGGAAUGCCAAAGCAGCCUGCUGGCAACAGUUUACUAGUGAUAUUCACCCCAAUACCUCUGCCAGCGUACUCUGGUCCAAAAUUAAAACCUUAAAUGGUAACUCUCGAAAAGAUCCAUUUCACCUUCUACUAAACAAUCAAUACAACAAUGACCCCUUAACCCUGGCCAACUCCUUCUGCAAUCAUUUCUCCUCCGUCUCUUCCUCUUCCCUUUCCCAACCUACUGAUUUCCCCCCAACAUCAAACCACAAUAACCUGGAUUACAACUGCCCAUUCACCUAUGAAGAACUGGAGUUUGCUCUCUCCAAAGUCAAAGGUCUUUCCGCAGGCCCUGACGAUUUAGUAGAUAGCUACCGACCCAUUACCCUCCUUGACUGCUCCGGCAAAAUUAUGGAGAGGAUGGUCAAUCGACGCCUUAAUACUAUCCUGGAUAAACAAAAGCUCCUCGACUCUCGACAAUUCGCCUUCCGCGCCGGUAGAUCAGUAGAUGACUACUUUGAUGAUCUCGAAUCCAUCCUGACCACCACCUUAAACCAAAAACACCACGUCGACGCCCUUUCACUCGACCUAUCGAAGGCCUUUGAUCGAGUUGAUCGCACAGCUAUCCUCAACCAAAUUGUUAAGUGGAACAUUGGCGGCCGAAUGUACCUUUACAUCAAAAAUUUCCUGUCCCAAAGAUACAUCCACGUCCUUAUAAACGGUGUGCGCUCUCAUAUCCAGCCUGUUCCAGGCGGCGUUCCCCAAGGCUCGGUCAUAGCACCAGUCUUGUUCCUAAUUGCCAUUAACACCCUAUUCGAAACAAUACCCGACAACAUCAAAACUUUAAUAUACGCCGACGACAUCCUCUUGUUAUCCAUUUCCCCUUUCCCUAUUAUGGCCCGAAGAAGACUCCAACAAGCGGUGGACUUGGUCGCCGAGUGGGCUCCCAAAAUAGGUUUCCAAUUCUCCCCCAAAAAGUCAACCCUUUUUCACCUCGGCCCCAAUAGGAAGAAAAUAAAAAAACUGCAACCCCUCACGAUGUCGAACGAAACCAUCCCACUGGCCCGCUCCACCCGCCUAUUGGGCGUAUGGAUCGAUGACCGUCUAAAUUUCUUAUGCCAUCUGAACAAUAUCCGUAAAAAUACCGUAAACAAAAUCAAUAUCCUCCGUAUUAUGACUAACAAAACCAGCCUAGCACAUCGUGACUCUCUAUUCCGGUUCCUCCACGGCUGGCUUAUUCCCUCAGCCCUUCAUGGGAUCGGUAUCGUUAGUCUAGCCACAGAUGAAGUGAUAAAAAAGAUAGAACCACUGUACAAUGACUGUGUCAGAAUCAUAAGCUCCGCCUUCAGAUCAAGUCCAAUCCCAUCACUGAUGGCCGAAAGUGGACAACUACCCUUCAUCUAUCUCCUCACUAAACAUCUUUCCUUGAAAGCUAUAAGGGCACUCGCUAACGGUGGCUCCAGAGAUUCGCCACUAGUUGAAAGAACUAACACACUACUAGUCAAGCUCAUCGGUGAGCCUCUUCCCCCUAUCUGUACAAGAAACGGCCCAUCAAUAAAAUAUUGGAAUGACACUAAUCCUAAAGUAGAUCUGAGCCUAGGCAAAGUAAUCAAAGCCGGCAAAGCCUCAGCAAUCGUCCUCCCACACUUUUAUCAACUCGUACAAGACAAAUAUUCAAACUCCCCACACAUCUAUACCGACGGCUCUAAAACCGUUGAUGGAAAGGUUGGUUGCGGCAUACAUGACGGAAUCUGUAAUAGAAGUUUGCCCCUUCCGGGCCAAUGCUCCGUCUUCAGUUCAGAAGUCUACGCCAUGCUUGAUGCCGUUCAGAAAUCUACCAUAGACACCGUCAUCUUUUCUGAUUCGGCCAGUGUUCUCUCUGCGUUGGCAGCCGGCAACCUAAAGCACCCCUGGAUCCAAUCUAUUUUUCACCUAGCUCCUAUUAAAAACAUCACACUCUGCUGGAUACCGGGUCACUCCGGCAUUCCAGGUAAUGAGUCAGCCGACCGUCUUGCCUCAGCCGGCUCCAAAAUUACUCCCCCCACUAUUCCCAUCCCGCAAUCCGAUGCCACUCGAACCAUUAAAAACCUGAUACUCGAAGCCUGGGAAAUCGAAUGGGCUACGAACAAUCGCUCGAAGUUGCGAGAGAUCAAAAACACGACGCAAAGAUGGAUUGACAGAUCCAGCAAUUCCGAAAGAAGAGCUUUAACUCGACUCCGCAUCGGCCACACGCGGCUCACCCACGAAUACAUAAUGGCCAAAGAUAACCCUCCUACCUGCAAUUCGUGUCUUACCCCUAACUCCAUCAAACAUAUCCUUAUCUCCUGUCUCCAAUACCAUAACCUAAGAAUAUCCUGUUCCCUCUCACCAAACCUCCGACAAGCAUUAUCCAACUGUCCUGAAGAGGAAAAGAAAAUUAUAUCCUUCCUCCACAAAUCAAAACUCCUUCAUAAACUUUAA